GGUGUGGUCUUGUGCCUUUUAUCCUAAGUGCAUGGCAGUCUGAGUGUCUCUCUCUGUGUGCCACCAUAUGUGUGCUUGAGUUUAGGAAGCGGCCAUGGAUGAUGUGUAUAAAGCAGCGGUUGAGAACUUGACAGAAGAGCAGAAAAAUGAGUUCAAAGCUGCCUUCGACAUCUUUGUGCAAGAUGCAGAGGACGGUUGCAUCAGUACCAAGGAGCUUGGAAAGGUGAUGCGUAUGUUGGGUCAGAACCCCACCCCUGAGGAACUCCAGGAAAUGAUUGAUGAAGUAGAUGAGGACGGCAGCGGAACAGUGGAUUUUGACGAGUUCUUGUUGAUGAUGGUGCGCUGCAUGAAAGAGGAGAGCAAAGGAAAAUCCGAGGAGGAGCUGGCUGAGCUCUUCCGAAUAUUUGACAAAAAUGAAGAUGGCUACAUCGACCUGGAGGAGCUAAAGACCAUGUUGGAGUCGACGGGUGAGGCCAUCACAGAAGAUGACAUUGAGGAGCUGAUGAAAGACGGUGACAAAAACAAUGAUGGCAAGAUCGACUAUGAUGAGUUCCUGGAAUUCAUGAAGGGGGUUGAAUAAACAGGCAGUGUCAAAAACGCUCAGGCAAUCAGCAAGAUCCCAAGUCUGAAUGUCUCUCUGUGUGCCACCGUGUGUGUCUGUGAGUUUAGGAAGUAGCCAUGUAUGAUGUGUAUAAAGCAGCACAUCCCAUUGGAUAAACAGGGAAAAAAAUCACCCCCCAAGGUUAUAUGCUGAAAUGCCAAAGCUAUUCAUCUGCAGGUUUCACAUAUCAACACUGUUGCGUAAAUGGUUCCAUGUAUCAGCAUAAUUCACUUUAAAGCGUACAGAUCUGUUCCUAUGGGUUAUUGUUCCAGCCUUAUUACAAUCAGCAUUUGUGGACAGUGGAAAUCUGAUACAAAAUGUAGCAAAAUUUUAAUCUAGUGUCAUCCUCUGUUACAGUUUUCAUAAUUCUUUAAUCAAGUUCUCUGAAACACUGUCAGACGCACCAUUACACAGCUAAUGAAUAUAUUUCAAAGGUUUAAGUGCAGUCACCAUAUCAGUUUAUACUGUGCAGCUAUGCACUAGAUUUCACUAGUCAAAUGUCAUAACUUACUCAAAAUGUUUAAUUCAUGUGUCAAGAUCACAAACCAUCAUCAAUGAAUGUUGUCACUAAAAUGUAGUAUCCCAUUAUUAUUGUUUAAACCGCAACAAUCAAAAUCCAAAAGGAAAGUGUCAAUAUGAUAGGAUACUAUGAAAGUGUUUCUUCACCUCAUUUUUCAUUGAAACUGAUAAAAUCACCCUCAAAAAAUGAAAUCAAAAUUAUUUCUGUACCUCAUGCCAUAACAAACACCAAUAUGAGCAAAAUAUUUAGCUAUGUUGUUGUUUAUGGAAUGUACCUUUACAGUAACGGAAAACAGGAAAUACAAAAAGAUUUGUUGAUAGUUUUAUACUGACAAUCACAGCUACGGAAAAAAGUCCACAGCACAUUUUUUUUUUCUGUAAAGAAAAUGCCUUAUACUGAAAUUCAUAUGAAACUACAGUUAAAAAAAAUCUAAACAAUGUAAAUAACCAUCACCUCACUCAUCCAUCUGCACCUGUAUAUCUGGCCACAUAAUUUCUCCACCACACAUCUGUCAUUAUUCUUCCUUACAGAGUGAUGACAUUUUUAGCACUCCAUCCUGUACAUGUUUCUGCUGUGAUGUCUGCACAAGCAGCAUCCAUUUCAUCAAGCCAGACAUUGGAUCAUGCCGCCAACGGUCAUAUACCUUCCAUCUCCAUGCUGAAAAGGCUCAGAAACCUGGCGUUCCAGUCACAACUCCUGAUUGGUCAGGUUGAAACCUGCUUCAUCUACCUAUACAAAAAUGUGUGGGGUUUCUUUUGCCUUGAAUUCCAUCACUCUCUGUGAAAGAUGGAAAAGUGGUGUGUAUGAGGAAAAUACAUUUUUUUUGUACUUUCUGUAUUAUCCAUAUGAAAAAUUAGCCAGGAGCCCCCCCCUCCCAUUUGGCGAAUUUUAUCGCCAAUAUUUCAAAAUGCCAAAAUAGUGUUGCUUUUUAAAAUACCGCAUACCCCAGUACAAUGCCUGCAUAGUAUGAAAAAUUUGAUAUGUGGAUACCUCCAACCCUCCUUAUACAGCUGCUCACAAUAACUACUACAACAACAAGUAUUCUUCCUCUACUUCUUCAUCAUUGACCACUGAUAUGUGAAAGUCCACACUGCCACCUCCUGUAAAUACCUAAUCAAUUACCUUGCUCAUGCACGGUUGAUGUGCACGGAUGCGCAUGGUUUCCGCUAGACUACAAAUUCUGGGUCACACGCACACCAUCUGCGGCCAUCCACAACCAGCCCCUAAUAACAAAAUCUACGUCACGUCCCCUGGUCCACAUCCAAAAGCACACAUGGAAAAGUGAAGUAUGAACUAGCCUUUAGUUCUAAAUGACAAGUGAUCACACUGACGUGUGUGCUGCAUAUUUGCACAUUUCUCUAUAUAGAACAAUCAUGAUGUGUGUGUGUGUGUGUGUGUGUGAUCGAGCGUGCAUGAGAAAGUUAUUUUGUGUUUGUUUUAUGUUAAGUGUAAUGCCUGUCGUGUAUUGGUUGUAGUGUUAGAAGUAAAUACAUGCAUUUCAUGCAUUUUAAA